GUCUUCUUCAAAUCAACAUCGAUUGUUUGUAUAAAAAUACCUUACAAUUUGCGCCGCAUUCCGAACAGUUGAAACACUGAGAAAAUCAGUCCACACCAUCACAAUGUCCACCACCUUCCAGCCCGCCCCAGAGCCACCAACUGAGCUCGGCCGCUACCGCGUCCUUUCUGAGACUGCCGGUGUGCGUGUCUCCCCUCUCUGCUUGGGCGGCAUGUCCAUUGGCUCUUCAUGGACUGGCCUUUUGGGUACCAUGGACAAAGAGCAAUCCUUCAAGCUUCUCGACGCCUUCUACGAGAGGGGCGGCAACUUCAUCGACACCGCCAACAACUAUCAGGAUGAAGAUUCCGAGAAGUACAUUGGCGAAUGGAUGAAAGAAAGAGGCAACCGUGAUUUGAUGUUCAUCGCAACCAAGUACACAACGCAAUACCGCUCCCACGAGCUCGGCAAAGGCAAGACCGUCAACUACUGCGGCAACCACAAGAAGUCGCUCCACCUUUCCGUGCGCGCCUCCCUUGCCAAGCUGCAAACAGACUACAUCGACCUCCUCUACGUGCACUGGUGGGACUGGACCACUUCGAUCAAAGAAGUAAUGGACUCCCUGCACAUCCUCGUCGAGCAAGGCAAGGUCCUCUAUCUCGGCAUCUCCGACACCCCCGCGUGGAUCGUCGCCGCCGCGAACACCUACGCCCUGGACCACGGCAAGACGCCGUUCUCGGUCUACCAGGGCCGCUGGAACGUGCUGCUGCGCGACUUUGAGCGCGACAUCAUCCCCAUGGCACGCCACUUCAACAUGGCGCUGUGUCCCUGGGACGUCCUGGGCGGUGGCAAGUUCCAGACGAGCAAGCAGCUCGAGGAGCGGAGGAAAGCCAACGAGGGCUUGCGUGCCUUCGCUGGUCCGGAGCAGACCGAGGACGAAGCUCGUGCCAGCGCCGUGUUGGAGGAGGUGGCCGGCGAAAUCGGCGCUGAUAGCAUCCAGGCGGUGGCACUGGCGUACGUGAUGCAGAAGGCGAGAUACGUUUUCCCCAUGAUCGGGGGAAGGAAGGUCGAGCAUCUCGACGAUAACAUUAAGGCGCUCAGCUUGCACCUGUCGGAGGAGCAGAUCCAGAAGCUGGACGGCAUCAAGGAGUUUGACGUCGGCUUCCCUGCCAACUUUGUUGGUGGCGAUCCUCAUGAAAAUGGUGGAAAGCAGAAUUUCCUUAUGGAGGCAACAGCUAAGCUGGCGUGGCACCAGCGUGGUAAACCAAUUGGUCGUGAGUAAAGAGGUGUUGAGGGGGUCGACUUUCCUAUACCAGCCACUGCAGAGAUCUGCCUUUUUCGAACUUUUCGGCGACACGUAGGUGCGCUCCACUUGCUGGCCUACCCAACGACCGUCGCGAUUCUCUGUGUUGAAUUCUCCGGCAGACUUGAAUAUACCACCUCCCAACGCCCUUCACGGACAAAGGCCCAUACCUUCAGAUUCCCACAUCGGUAUAAUCUCGCGUUCGAAGUCACGCAGUGCAGCGUUCCAAUGGCCUUGAUAGACACUGAACUGGGCCAGGCCGUGGUGC